CUGUCGUAUUGAACGAUUUGUGAGUAGUUCAGUUUUAACUCUCAAACGGGACUUUGGGGGUCGGAUCCGACCCACAGUUCUAUUUCUCUCGGUCUUAUUCUUCCCUCUCGUUGCAUACGGUCGAACCGUACCGAAUAUUCCGUUUCAAACCACCGUACCGUUUGAGGGUUAAGAACAAAAGCUGAAGUCGAGAACAACAACCAAGAAUCAGUGUUAAGUGAACCGUUCCAACGUGCGUGCAAUAUCUUGAAUAUCCAGCUAGUGCUGCUGUCGCUGGUAUUCGGGAGAACUAAGUUUGUCUGAAGCGUCAUUUCUGCUUAACUUUAUCCACGUGCUACCUAAAUACCUAUAUUUCGGACGAUAGUUUGUGGUUUAUCUGUGAAGAAACGUCACUGUCAAACUGCGUUUGUGUCAUGGAGUCGAAACACGAUGAAUUACUUUUACAAAUUUUGAAGGAUGAACUGAACAUAACCAAUUUUUUGAAUACGUUCUUCGGUUUUAUGUACAGAUGUUUCAUUCUUUUUAGCACCGACUUUUAUGUUGAAUCGACACAAGACCAGAAGUUGGGUUUUCCAGCAGGGGUUGCUGAAGACUUAGUCUUAAAAAUCUAUCGGAAGUGGAAAAGUAGAUUUGAAGCUGACAAUCUGUCCAGAUCUGAGGCCCAGGCUCAAACCUCAGAAUUGCUGGAGCCUACCGAAGUAGUUGAAGUAGAAGUCGAAACCAGCAGUAACCAAAUAGACGACGAGCCGAUAAAGACUUACAAAACGCCGGUACAGCCAUCUGACAGCUAUAACGGAGCUGUUAGAGAAAAUUACACUUGGUCGCAGACGAUAAGCGACGUUGAUGCACUUGUCAACAUUCCUUCAAAUAUCGAAUCGGCAAAAGACUUGAGGGUUGAUAUAACUGCCCAAAAAAUAAGAAUAGCUGUGAAAACGGAACGCCUUAGAGAAAAUAAUUCUCUGGACAAAUAUUCUGACGAUGCUACAGACUCUGAAUGGAUUGUCACCUUCGACGAAGAACUCAGCUUUAAAACGCAAAGAGAGGAAUCUAUGUGGUGCAUUAUACCCGGGUACUACGUCCAUGUUCAUUUGGAAAAAGCAACCGAAAGAUGGUGGGAGGCUCUAACUAAGGGUGAGCCGCACAUAGAUUUGACUAAAAUUGAUUGCUCCCGACCAAUUGAGGACUUGGGAGCAAAUGAACAGAUGAAAGUUCAAGAACUGAUGUGGAAUCACCAGCAAAAACUUCUUGGAAAGCCGACAUCUGAGCAAUGUAAUUUGGAAAGAGUUUUAAAAAAAGCGUGGAAUGCUGAGGGAUCCCCAUUUAAGGGCACUGAAUAUGAUCCAAGUGUGCUUCAGUAUAACUAAAUUUGAUUUUCCGGAAAAGUAAAGUCAAAACAGAGGGUCGAAAGCCAGUACCACUGAAAACAAAAUAGGUACAUCAAUUAUUUGAAUAUUUUGAACACAUUUAUGUUAAUCGUUUUUGCAUUUUAAUAUUUUACGAUCAUCAACGGGUCCGUAUUUUAAAACAUGUUUUUCCCCUGACUUUUUUAUUUUGCGCGGCGCAGCAAACGAAAUGAGUGAUAACAUUUUAUAUCGUACGAAAUACUAUUGUGUGUAAAAAAUGUAAAAAAGUACAAAUACAUACUAUAUUCACUUAUUGUAA